AUGGCUGGCGUUACCGUCCACGCAGCCUUGCCCAAGGCCAACGAGUACAAGUCCGGGGACUGUUCGGGCCCCAUCAACUUUGGCCAUCACUCUAUUCUACUCCGUGAUGUCACCAUGGACGACACAAGCCACUCAGUCUACCUUGCAGGUACAAACUGGGUCGGUUACUCGGACAAGACUGGUAACGGCGGGAGUUGCACCGGAGCGGCUUUGAGAAUAUUGAAUGGAAAGUGUAACAAUCUUGAUACAGCUGACCCGGGGACGCGCAUCAGGUGCGUCAGGAACAUUGGCUAG